AUGCAGCACUGGCUCAGGCCCAAUUCUUAUCAAGAAAGGGGGCAUACUGAAGGGAGCAGAGCUUCUGAUCACCACGAGGAAACUAGUGUGAUCCACAGUACUGAUAAGAUUUCAGCUACUCAGGAAAGGAAUUUAAUGUUUAAAACAGCUGUGCCAUUGUAUUACAGCGUGUCAAUGAAUAACAGUGUGACUGAAUUCAUUCUCUUCGGGUUGACACAGGAUUCAGGAAAGCAGAAAGCAAUCUUUGGCGUCUUCUUGAUUCUCUACCUCGCAACACUGUUGGGGAACUUUCUCGUCGUAGUGACUAUUAAGACAAGCAGGACACUUAGGAGCCCCGGGUACGUCUUUCUGUUCUACCUGUCCUUUGCUGAUGCUUGCUUCUCUACAACCACAGCGCCCAGGUUAAUUGUGGAUGCCCUUUCUCAGAACAACACAAUUUCCUACAAUGAGUGCAUGACCCAGGUCUUUGCAGCCCAUUUCUUUGGAUGCAUGGAGGUCCUUGUGCUCCUCCUCAUGGCCUUUGAUCGCUACGUAGCCAUUUGUAAGCCCUUGCGAUAUACAGCCAUCAUGAGCCGGCAAGUCUGUGGUGUAUUGGUGACUCUGGCCUGGGUGGGAUCUUGUAUCCACUCCUCAGCACAGAUUUUCCUGGCUUUGAGAUUACCUUUCUGUGGCCCCAGUGUGACUGAUCACUAUUUCUGUGACUUGCACCCCUUGUUGAAACUUGCCUGCAUGGACACUUAUGUGAUAAAUUUGCUUGUUGUUUCUAAUAGUGGGGCCAUAUGCAUGGCGCGUUUCAUAGUCCUGCUUAUCUCCUAUGUUGUCAUCUUGUACUCGCUGAGAAACCACAGUGCAGACGGAAGGCGAAAAGCCCUUUCCACGUGCUCCUCCCACUUCAUUGUGGUUGUCAUAUUUUUUGGUCCUUGUAUACUCAUAUACACACGCCCACCAACCACAUUUCCGAUAGACAAGAUGGUGGCUGUAUUUUAUACAAUCGGGACACCCUUGCUCAACCCCCUGAUCUAUACACUAAGGAAUGCAGAAGUGAAAAGUGCCAUGAAAAAAUUGUGGUGGAGCAAAUGUGACUUCGGUUGA